GACGGUUUCUGUUGCAGGUCUCCGUGAUGGGCCCCCCCGGGGCGCUCGGGGCCGGCGUGUGACAUGGGGCUGCGGCAUUCGGGGCCGGGGCCGGGGUCCUGGGGCGGGGCGGCCAGGCGUGGGGCCUGGAGCAGGGGUGGUGGGGACCCCACGGGCCCCACGGUGAGGUGGGGGCGCCGGCGGCGGGGUGGGUCCCUACUGACCCCCAUGCGGUGAUGCGCCCCGCGGGCCCCCCCGCGCCGCUCGUCACCCUGGAGGCUAUAACGCAGGCGGUCGUCAUCUUCAGCAUGGGCGUAGCCAUCAUCAUCUCCAACGUGCUCAUUAUCGCCACCUUCCUCAACGCCCGAGGCACCCGAGACGUGAUCAACAUCUACCUGCUGUCGCUGGCGGUCGCCGACCUGCUCGUGGGCGUGCUCAUCGUCCCCCUGUCCGUGUACCCGUCCGUGGUGCAGCAGUGGGUCUACGGCGAUGUCGUGUGCCGGAUGGUCGGCUACCUGGAGGUCACGCUGUGGAACAUCUCCGUGUUCACCUUCAUGUGGAUGGCCGUGGACCGGUACCUGGCCAUCCGCAAGCCGCUCCGCUAUGAGACGCUGCAGACAAGGACGCGAUGCCAGUGUUGGAUGGUGUUCACGUGGAUCUCCAUGUCCAUGCUGUGCUGCCCGCCCCUGCUGGGCUUCAACCCGCCCAUCUUCGACCCCGAUGCGUACGUCUGCAUGCUCAACUGGGGCGACAUGUGGGCGUACUCGGCCACGCUCGCCAUCCUGGUGCUCGGCCCGAGCAUGCUCACCAUCGUCUACGCCUACUCCUACAUCUUCACCAUGUACAAGAAACUCAGAAGUGGCGUGCCUAUCCACGACAAGGAGUACGCGACAGCGCUGGCCGAGGCGCUCUCCAACCCGACGCACAUCAUGUCCUUUGUGCUCAUCCUCACCUUCUGGCUGUCGUGGACGCCUUACAUCGGCGUGCGCCUCUGGGAACACUUCACGGCCUCGCGCCUGCAGGUGCCCUUCCUGCACUUUGCACUCGUGUGGCUGGGCGUGCUCAACUCGUUCUGGAAGGGCGUGAUCCUGCUCACGCUCAGCCCGGACUUCAGACUGCUAGUGCGCUUCUUCUUCCUGACGGUGUGCUGCCGUGGAAACAAGGCGCGCCUCCAGGCCGAGCUCCUCAACAUGGACAUGGACGACUAGGAGCAGCCCUCUGGGGCCCAGGACCUCGGCCUCGACGGCGGCCUUGACGGCGACCUGCCUGACGGGUGCACGGCCGAGCCCGCGGCCGCGGGGGCCGGGGCCUCAGAGGAGCGUCUGAACCUCAGACUGCCGCCCCCGCCACGCCUCUGGCCGCCCUGGUGCGCGUGGAACGAUUGGCGGGGCGGCCUCGCGUCGUGGGGGGCUCGGUCGCGCCAGGACGGCCGGCGGGCUUGCGAGGAGGAGGAGGACGUCAAGGCCCUCAUCCUGCAUGAGUUGUGACUGCCACCGGGACGGUGCUGCCGAUCACGAGCAUAGCGGACAGACGGGGGUGGGAGGGGGGACGCGCCUGGCUGGCGGUCGUUUGCUGAUGAAUCUGCUGAGGAUGUGGUCUCUAUCUGCUCGUCUUGUCUACUCUGUGUGUCUCGUCUGUCUCUCUAUGUCCGUCUCCGUCCGUCUGCCGACCUGUCACUGUUGUCUUGCCUCUCCUCCACGCAGGUUCCACUGGUCUUCACCGUCAGACAGGGGUAGGGGAAGUGCGGUAUGGAAACCGGCCCACAAUAUCCGACGGAUACCGGCCGUUUGCUAUUGUGGGGCUAUGCAUGUGUGCGAUUCGACGAGUUGUGUUCGUCCCGGUAGAUAAAAAGGCGUUUUGACUUAUAGUUCGUAGAUGUACAAAUUUUUCCCUGAAGUUACUUAAGUUCAGAUUAAAACUUUGUGCGUAAAGUUUCUGUUGCGUCAUAUUGACGCAUAUUGAUAAGAUGGCAAAAGUGUUCCUCAUAAAAUGAUAAAUGUUCAGUGUGAUUUUUUUAAUCUUAACGUCAUUUUGCGCCGGGGUGACUGCGUGAAUAGAAGUUAUGUUCGUAAUUAGCAGCACUAAUUUUUAUUCAAUAAUGUACUCGUCCUUUAUGCACCCAAUUUGUAAAGAGUUUUGUUGUUAAUUAGUUAGUUUAUAAGAUCUAUUGGUAGGCUCGAGCUUAAAGCACUGGCCUCGGCCUCGCAUCGGGUUUCCUCGCCCGACAGGCUUUGUUGUUUCAAAUUGUUGAUUCUAAAUUCAUGUUGUUCAAUGUUUUAGCUGUAAGUUUUUGUCCCUCAAAGACUCUUAAAGAAGACGUUGUCUCCUUUUACCCUGCGCCGACUGUGCGACUGCAGCGUACUACGUCAUAAAUAUUAAUUUAAGUCUGGCUAUACACUCACACAAACACACAUUUCCCCACAUCACUUUCUCAUCAAGGGUAUACAUCUCUCGCCGUGUAUCCAAAACUGCGAACCAUUUUUAUAGAUAAAACGUCAAUUUCUCCAUGCAAAAAAGAGAAAAGUUAUCAAUCUUUAGGACGGCGGUAAGCGGUAGACUAAGCUUGAGCGACUUUUCUAUUUUCAAGUAAUGUUUCUUAUGGCCGAUCUAGGCGACUUUCUUCGCCUCUCUUCUUUAACUUUCCUUAUUUUUCACAUUUAAGAUGAGACUGUGACUCUAAUGUGUGUAUUAUGAGAGUGCACGUGUGUGUAUGUGUGUGGGUAUGCCUGGUGCGUUUGUGUAUGAGAAAGAAAGAAAGGGAAGAGGGAGUUAUGUUUCUAUGUGCAUUAUUCUAUCCUGUUUCGUUUGCGCUAAACAGUGAGUGAAUUUAGUGUUUGUCCCUGCAGUCUCUUUCCUGUUCUACAUUCCGAUUAUUGCUCAGGUUUAAUGGUGCACAAGCUGGCCUCGUGCGUUUGUUUCCAUCGAAAAGGCCUCCUCUCAGUUAGGGAAUGACUCCGGGGAGCAGCGCUAGGUCGACGCUCUUGUUCAAUGCCUCGGUGAUGAGUCCGGCAAUGGAAGACAGAAUAAACAAAGUGGAGUUGCUGCCUCCCCUCCCCGGCCCUAAGCUCCGUUACUUCCCUAGGCGAUAGGAGAAGUUCCUUCAUAGAGAUUUUGUGUGAUCAUGGGUUUGCUAUAUAAAUGAGUAGGAAACUGUGAAGUACCUGCACAGAAGAUGUGAAUAAAAUUAAGUCAUCUCUCAUUUCUUAACUUUUUAUACAUUUUCCAAUCGAUUAAACUUGCAUGCGCACUCAGGUGCUUCACGGAUUUUCCAUGUUUUUAUUACUAGUUUUGAAGAAUUUUAACAUAUUUCAUCUUAUGUAAUAUUUGCUAUACAGACAAUCAUGGUAUGUUCAUUCAUAUUCUCGUCAUUUCACUGGCAUCCCCCUGCCGCUUUUUGUCGGGUGUCUAGUGUGAGUCAGAAAACAAUGUCGCCAAAGUCCAGAAAGUCUGACUGAAAUUUCACUUCUUGUAUGACACUUGUGGAUUAAAGACGCACCCUAUCACUUAUUUCUAUACGGUGAAUCAUAUCGACUCUGGCUAAUCAGAUCAAGAUCUUCACGGCAGUGCGGGCGUGGUGGUAAUUCAGUGGUCGAAGUGAGAGGAAACCAUGAGAUGUGACACUGUAGGCAAAUUUUAUGUCAUGAUUCUGCCUAGACACACGUGUCACCCUGACUGCUGCACAGGGUCUUUGGAAUCUCCGUUUCAAGAUCAGGUAUGCUGCAGGCGAUUCGUAUAACCGUCCACGAUCUGAAGGGGAAGGAGAAUUUGAUGUAGGAAUUAGUGAUACGAGUCAGUCUUUUCGGUAGUACAUUGUGUAGUUAAAUUCUUUACAAUCACUGUGUUACCUAGUUCCUCAUCCUUGCACGCGCGCUGUGACCCAAUGCGCUUGCCCGUGUUUUGUCUGAUAACAAGAAACAUACAGUUAGUGUAUUAUUGUUUAUUUUACGACAAUCAGUGAUUCGGUAAAUCAUUGUGUAGUGGCCAUACCACGUAAAAAUGUUCAACAUUUAUUAAGACUUGACGCAGAAAAUGUUGCUCGACAAGUGGCUUUCAAGUACAGUUCCACCUUUUACGCAGCUGUUAAUAAUCUGGAUGUAUUUCUGGUUUUGUAAGACAAUAUUUUUCCUCUAACAGAGAGAAAUGAGAGCUUCGGCAGCAAAUUCCUGACUAUAUUGUGUUCAUAUGGCUCUCUAGAUGAUCCGAAUAAUGUCAAUCCAAUAUUCCAUUUCGUUUCCAAUUCUUAGGACUCAAGAGUUUCCUUCGCCUCUUACUUUUAUUAAUUUAUAGUUUUUACCCACAAAAUUCUGGGUCUGCAUUGGGAGAAGCAAUUAUUUCGUUUAUUGUCUUAAGUAUUUGAAAGUUUAUUUUUAUAUGUUGGUUAAGACUUGUUAGUUAUGUAGAUGAACAACUGAAGGAGCGAAGUGCAAUGUUUCUGAGCACAGAUCGUAUAAUUUAUGAAGAAAUUGAAGGAACAGUAUAUGAUUAUUGGUGUAAAAUUUGCCUGUGCCACUUCAACUGUACCACUUACACUGUUAAAAAUUUAUAUGAAAAUUUGAUACGCAACACUGUGGAACACUGUGGAAAAUAAUCACUUACUUGCCUAAUAAUGACGUGGAAGCACUAGCGUAACUCACGAAACAUCCGUACCGUACCACACUAGAUAGUGACCAAGAGCACAAAGACGAUGUACGAUCGUUUUGACAUCCACACGUCAACUUUUGGACUUACGAAAUCUGCUGAAAUUGUUCAAGUAACUAGGUACGAAAUUUUUAACAGUGUAGAUAGUACUGUCUCUUUCCUUGUUGGACGUUUCUUUCGUUUUCUUGGUGCCCAUUUCUUCUUAAAACUAUUAGUUUUUCCCCUGAAAAUCUCAUCUCGCUCUUGUUAUUGUAGAAAAAUAAAAUUGUUUUAACUAUACUGCAGUUGGACCGUCAAAGCUCUUCUUGAUAUCCUUACGCUAUACGCUGCUUGAGCACAUUGUGUACUGUGCCCGCUUCCUCGACGAAGGCAUCCCCGCCAUUUGUCCAGAGUUGCUAUUAGUUUGAGAAGUUUCUUUAAACCAAAGUCUUUCUUAUCUCCAACUUGACGAGUGGUGCACACAAUUCAAUUCUAUGGCCUCUUUCCGAAAGAAGAAAAAAUAUACAUCUCGGUCUAUUAGCCCUGCUGUCAAAUUAUUGGAUAGUUACAAGCAGCUUUCGUGACAUCUAACGUCUAGUUUUUGGUCAGCACUCUGGUCUGCGCUUUUCUUUGUAAUCUCUAUUUUUCCACGGUUUUGUACACACCGUACAGUACGCUAUUUUUUGGUGCUAUUUCGCCCCUCUGUACUUUCCCUCUCGUACUACGCCAACUUACUAUUUGUAUUCUCACUCGGGUCGCUGUCAUGUUAACGAGGAGGUAUUUUCGGCUUUGCUUCUUUAACUCCUCGUUUCUUGCGCGUCUGUAGUCCUGAAAACUGUUUAAAACGUCGAUGCCUUCAAACUAUGUGUUCAAACUAAAAUGGGGCAUGUUUUGUUCCUGAAUGCAUGUUAAUCACAUCGCAGCGUUCUUGCUCCCUCUGUUGUUACUUCGGGUGAUAAUGUUAUGGAAUGCAGAAUCAAUAAGGUAAAUAUUCCCAAUACUAAAAAGAAUGGGUCGAUCGAAAAGAGGAAAUUUGCGUACCGUAAGAAAAACGGAUUGUUUGUUUAGAUAAAUGAAUUGCUACACUAAUCGGUGUAUAAAUGCUCAUGUCACGCUAAUAAUUUUAUACGUAAAUUAUGGAUACCGUGUAGUUCGAUAGUUUUGUAAUAGAUUUUUUUGUAAUGCGUGUGAAAACUAUUUCUGAGAUUACAAUACUAUUAAAACGUUACUGGCGUGUCUUGCAUUAUGUUCACGGUGUAUAGUAGGGGAAUAGUCGUUCGGAAAGAAAUAAAUCGUUAUGUAGGUCA